CUAGCAACGAGAAAAACAACCGGAACUAGCGGCACCAGCUUGGAGAGAAAGGUUCCAUAGGCAGUUCUUACCAAGAAGAUGUCGAUUCCAUUCUCCAACACCCACUAUCGAAUUCCGCAAGGAUUUGGGAAUCUUCUUGAAGGGCUGACACGCGAGAUUCUGAGAGAACAACCGGACAAUAUACCAGCUUUUGCAGCAGCAUAUUUUGAGAGCCUUCUAGAGAAAAGAGAGAAAACCAACUUUGAUCCAGCAGAAUGGGGGAGUAAGGUAGACGACCGCUUCUAUAACAAUCAUGCAUUUGAGAAGCAAGAACCAUCUGAGAAAUGUGAUCCUAAAGAAGAAAAGUCUCAGGUAUCUGGGAAGGAGGAAGAAACACCAGUCACCAUCUUAGACUCUUCUGAGGAAGAUAAAGAAAAAGAAGAGGUUGCUGCUGUCAAAAUCCAAGCUGCCUUCCGGGGACACGUAGCCAGAGAGGAGGUAAAGAAAAUGAAAACAGAUAGUCUUCAAAAUGAGGAAAAUGAGGAAAAUGAGGAAAAAGAGGAAAACAAGUGAGGACACUGUUUUUACCUCCAGGAAACAUGAAAAAUAAUUCAACUCCAUUAAUCUUCUUGUUAUUGUCAUUUUUUCCUGAGUAAGGAAGAUUAGAUGUUGUGAAAUAACAUUUGUUGCUAUUGUGAAAAUCUGUCAUGAGCAUUUGUUGCAUAAGCAUACCAUUGAAACAUGCCACUUGAAGACUUCUCUGAGAUCAUGAGUUUGUUUACACUUGUCUCAAGUCUAUCUAUAGAGACCCUUGGAUUUAGAGUUAUAGAACUGAAGUAUCUGAGAUUACAGAGAUCUCAGAGGUUCUGUGGUCUAACCAUUAUCAAAUAAAUAAAUCCUCGCUAUCACAUCCCC